AUGAAGUUCGGAAAGCGCCUGCAGGAUGAGAUUGUGUUGGAGUGGGCCGACUACUACGUCAGUUACAAGCGACUCAAACAGUUCAUCCACAACUCCGAGCUCCGCGGCAGCGAGUUCAGCAAUGAACUCUUCAACAUCAUAACAGAGGAACUCGCGAAGGCAGAGGGCCUCUUUCAGCAGCUCAUGACGGACUUGCAGGAGGAGCACGACAGACUCAUGAAGAUGAAUCCCGACCUCCCUGUGGGCCCGGCGACAAAGCCGCGCAAGUUCUACCGCCGCAAGAAGGGCAGCAGCGCGAACGACGAAGCGCCAAACGAGGAGACAGGGCUUGUGAGCACCGCCACCAGCUCUGUGUGUGACCCGUCAGUUGUGGACGGGGAUGUGGUGCCGCGCCACCAGCCCACCGGCCUUGGCGCUAUCCUCAAGCGACUUUUUUUACUGCUCAUUGGUGACUCACAGGUGAAGGAAGUGGAGAGCAAUACACCGCGAGCACUCUUCCUCGAGUGGCACUCAAACGCGCAUCAACUGCAGCACUUCGCGGAGCUAAACCUUGAGGCCAUCCGCAAGUCCGCCAAGAAACUGAAGAAGUAUCGCUACAUGGAAGACGACUGCACGGCUGCCAUCGAGGCCGAGCUCGCCCGCUCGCGGCUGGUCACCCUCAUGCCGCGUUUGCGCAACCUCUUGUUAGACGUAAGCGUGGACUUUGAACGCAAGUUCAAGGUACCGCUGGACCAGUACGCCAACGUGGCCAUGUUACAGGAGUGGCAUGCGAGGUGGCGCUACAUCUUCGUCGGGGCCGCGCUGUUCCUGGUGGUGAAGCAGCUGCCGGUACUAACGGAGGAGCCAGCGGCCCACAACUGCCUGGCCCUUUUCGUGCUCGUAAUCACACUGUGGAUCACCGAGGCGAUUCCGUUCUUCUGCACGGCCAUGCUCAUUCCGCUCGUUGCUGUCCCGUUGCGCAUUGUCAGGGACCCGACAAAGCAUGAGAGCGCGACAGCAACGGUGGCGUCGCAUAUCAUCUUGGGUAAACUCUUCAAUCAUGUUCAGAUUCUCGUCAUGGGUGGUCUCACCAUCGCCAAGGCGUUUUCGCGCACGAACCUGGAGAUGUAUGCUGCGAGUAUGCUGCAUCGGUGGACGGCGCACCGCCCGUCGCUUUAUUUGCUUGGUGUGAUGCUGUCCAGCUGCCUCUUGUGUGCCUUCGUGUCGAAUGUGGCGGCCCCGUUGCUGGUGCUCGGGGUAGUGCAGCGCACUCUGUGGGAGUUCCCAGAGGGGACGAACGCGCCGCACGGCAUCCUGCUGGGCCUUGCCUUUGCGUGCAACAUCGGUGGCAUGCUCUCGCCCAUCGCGUCUCCGCAGAACGCCGUCGCCAUCUCAGCGCUGAGCUUCUAUAAAGUAUCCUUCGCGCAGUGGGUCAGCGUCGCCCUCCCGGUCGUGCUCUUCAGUGUGGUCGCAGCGUGGGCAGUUGUGCUGAUUGUAUGGCGGCCGUUUAUCGAUGUCCCGUAUAUCCCGCUGCAGGUUGUAAACACCGCGGCAGAGGAGCCGGUGUCUUCCGCGACACGCGUGGUGGUGCUGGUGGUGUCGGCUAUCACAAUCACGCUCUGGAUCCUGCCGGCCAAUCUUUUGUUUGGCGACACCGGCAUCGUGGCUCUCAUCCCGAUUGUCGUGUUCUUUGGUAUCGGUAUCUUGUCGAAGGAGGACUUCAACACACUCUCCUGGCAUCUAAUGUUCUUGCUUGCCGGAGGUAACAUGCUGGGGCUCUGCGCUCGAGACUCUCACUUGCUUGACAUCAUUGCUAUGAGCAUGAAGUCAACCCUGACAGACUCGUCGCCGUACCUCACCCUGUUGGUGGUGCUCGUCGCCGUGGGCAUCAUCACGACCUUUGUGUCUCACACGGUGGCGGCUAUGAUCUUGCUACCUAUAAUUGUGAAGAUCGGCUUCCUCAUGCCCGAGUCCCCUGGUAUCAUGCCCGUCACUCCACAGUCGAUGGUCAUGCUGUCCGCCUUGAUGUGCUCCGGUGCCAUGGCAUUCCCUAUCAGCUCCUUCCCCAACGUGAACUCACUGCUGGCCGAAGAUUCGAAGGGCAAGUUGUACUUGCGAGCGAAGGACUUCCUCUUUUGUGGUACGGUGAUCACGCUGGUGUUCACGGCGUGCCUCGUGACAUGGAUGGUGCCCUUCACCAACUAUGUGCUCCCUGCCGACCAUUGA